AUGAUCUCCGCUACCAAAAUGUCCGCCACCGCGCGGGCGGCCACUUUACGGACCUAUGUCCCGAGCCUGAAGACUGCUUACAGCCAGCACUCCUUGGUGCAGACUUGCUCCUUUUCGACAUCGCCAGCAGUACGGAACAUUCCAUCUCUGAAUCAACAGCGCACAACACUCCCUCACCUUCUCUCUCCCUACGCCGCUCUGCCAUUGACCAGGUCCUUCCAUGUUGCCACCCCCCUCAGACAGCAACAGCAGCAGCAGCAGCAAGAAAAGGAGAAACAGUCAGAGGAAUCGAGCGAGGGAAAGAGUGAAGAACAGAAGGAGGGCGAGAAGAAGGACGCCCCUCCUCCCCCUCCCCAUGGCGACAAGACUCCCUGGCAAGUCUUCAGGGAGACUCUCCAAACCGAGUUCAAGGCAUCAAAAGAGUGGAAUGAGUCGACCAAGGCCCUCGCGUCCUCCGCUCACCAGUUCACUGAGAACGAGAACGUCAAGCGGGCUCGUGCCGCCUACGAAGCUGCCUCUGGGGCCGCGACUUCCAAGACUUCCACCGCGUUGAAGCACACCGGCAAGGCCAUCGGCAAGAGCGCUUCCUGGACGUGGAACACGCCCGUGGUGAAGGGUAUUAGAAAGGGUGUCAACGCCACUGGUUCCGGAAUCGAGAAGGUCACGCGACCUGUUCGCGAAACUGAGGCUUACAAGACUGCCGUUGGAGGCGUGAAGGAUGCCAUCGAUGACGGCAGCAGCUCUCGCUAUGGUGGUUGGGUCGAGAAGGAGGAGCGCCGGAAGCAGAGGAAAUUGCGCGAAGAGAUGGAAGCCAAGUCUGGUCGUCGCAGCGAGCCGAUGGUGGAAGAUCCCAACGCGGGAACCAACGUCACACUCCACAAGGACGCUGCUUGGAAGGAGUCGUGGCGUGAUUUCAAGGACUCGAACCCUAUGAUGCAGAAGCUCUUCACUCUCAAGAACACCUACGACGAGUCGGAAAACCCUCUCAUCACCACUGCGCGCAGCAUUUCGGAUCGUGUCGCUGGUUUCUUCGCCGAGAACGAGACGGCUCAGGUCAUCAAGAAAUUCCGCGAGAUGGACCCCAAUUUCCAGAUGGAGUCAUUCUUGAGGGAGAUGCGUGAAUAUAUCCUGCCCGAGGUCCUCGAUGCCUACGUCAAGGGUGAUGUCGAAACCCUCAAGCUCUGGCUUUCAGAAGCUCAGUUCAACGUCUAUGCUGCACUCGCUCAGCAGUACACUAACCUCGGUCUCAAAUCCGAUGGUCGUAUCCUCGAUAUCCGUGGAGUUGACGUCUCCCAUGCUCGCAUGUUGGACCCCGGUGACAUUCCCGUGUUCGUUGUGACCUGCCGUACACAGGAGGUCCACGUUUAUAAGAACGCGAAGUCUGGUGAACUCGCCGCCGGUAUGGAAGACAAGGUUCAGCUGGUUACUUACGCUAUCGGUCUCACUCGGAUACCUGAGGAUGUCAACAACCCGGAGACCCGUGGGUGGAGAUUGAUCGAGCUGCAGAAGGCUGCUCGUGACUACAUUUAA